AUUUUAAAAAAACCAGCAAAGUAUUAGUCAAAAACAUAUUAAAAUCAGGUUAUGAUGUUAGAUUAGUCAUCUAAUCAAGUAAGUUAGACACUGUUCUGCUUUUUUAAGGAAAUAGUACACUGUAUUUACAGAUCAAGGAAGUGAAACUGCCGGAGACUAAUCAGAUCAUAUCAUAAACGAAAGCAACAACUUUUCUCUUAGUUUCUCGAACAAAAUAUGGCAAAUGCUGGUAGUAGCAGCAGUAUCAUCAGACAGCAGCACUUUGUUAACUGGUUAGUGAAUUCUGAAUUAAAUGAGAAUCAUUCUGACAGCACUGAUGAUGAUGAUAUUGAUGAAAGUGGACUGAAGGUGUGCGAAUGUAACACUCCAGUCAGUGAAUGGGAUUCAGACCUGCUCGACUCUGAGGAACAGUACCAUCUACCCCGGAGCAGCCCUGUCAUAUCCCGCAAGAGACAUAACACAGAGACAGAAAAACAGUCUGAUCGGUCUUUGACACCUCCAAUAUGGGAAUUAUCCAUCUCUCCAGUGAUGAAAUCCAACUAUUCAAGUGCACAUAGAAUUAGUCCCUCAGACAAAGACAGAAAUAUUGAUCACUGUGAUUCACCCAAGGGCUCUUCAGGACGGACAGAGCUCCUCACAGGUAAUCGUGGCAGAGGAAUUUCACACAUCUCUCAGGACACUAAGCUUCACAGCCAGUCUUUAGUUUCUAGAAGGUUACAUGAGGGUUUCCAGUCAAAGACUAAAAAAAGAGCCUGCUCUGACAUCCCACCAGCAUGUGCUCAGAGGAGCUCAGACCGAGUUAAGAAACGUGGAUCAUGUGUUGAUGUACACAGCACUGAAGACAUCUACAGUUUGGACCAGGAAAAUGCUCAUUUUGUAGUUGUGGAUAUGGUACUAGAAGUUCUGGAGGCGGUGAAAUGGGUUGUGUGUCUGCAGCAGUUAAAAAACACACAUCCUCAUCAAGACAGAUGUGAAACACACAAUACUUCAAAAGCAGAUUUAAUCUCUUCAUUUGACAGCGGGUUUGAGGAUGACAGCGCCCCCCAGCUAUCUUCAAACAGAUACUCCCUGGCUUCAUUUCAGAGUUGUCUCCAGAGCUCCAGAAUGCAGUGUUCUGCUGAAGAUCUAGCCUAUCAUUUGGUGUCAGAGUUCAGGAAGCAGUGGUUCCCCUCUGAGCUACUGCAAAACCCUGUCAACCUCAACUCUGCUCUGCAGGAAGUCGCUUUCCCUAUUAUGGCAGAGGACAGAAUCAGUAUAACUGAAGAGAUCAUGCAGAAGACCAGAAUGAGAGGAGCAUUAACCUGGGCUCCACCCAAAUUUCAAAUCAUCUUCUGUGUCCAGCCAACACACAGACGCAGUGAUGUCAUCACUUCCCAGCACUUCCUGUGUGCCGGUUGUGGUACUGAAGUCGAGCCCAGGUAUAUAAAGAAACUGCGGUAUUGUGACUACCUGGGUAGAUACUUUUGUGAUUGCUGCCACGGUGGUUUGGAAUCAGUGAUUCCAGGUCGGGUUCUGAAUAACUGGGAUUUUGCACGGUAUCCGGUCUGCCAUUUUUCCAGACAGUUACUGGACUCUAUAUGGCAGCAACCACUGUUCAAACUUACAGGUGUGGCCAAAAACCUGUACAGCCAGGCCAAAGAGCUACAGCGUUUCAGAGAACUACAGGAGCAACUAAUAUCCAUCAAAAAGCUUCUGAGUACAUGCAGACUAUCAGCUGGAGUCCUUGAUGAGUUUAAACAACUUCCUGCUCACCUGAUGCAGGAACUCCACCUCUUUUCCCUAGAAGACCUCAUCAGGGUGAAAAAGGGUCAGCUCUGUACCAUUGCAAAAGCCUUGCAGCAGUCUGCAGUUGCUCACAUAGAUCUUUGUGAGCUGUGUCAGGCCAAAGGUUUUAUCUGUGAGUUCUGUCAUGGGAAGGAAGUGCUUUUCCCUUUUCAGAGAGACACCUGCACCCGCUGCCAAGAUUGCAGAGCCUGUUUCCACAUCUCGUGUUUCCGUGAUGAAUCGUGUCCCAAAUGUGCCAGACUCCAGAAACGAAAGAAACUCCAGGAAGACAUCAGUUUAUGAAAUCUACUUCUUGCUGCAUUUUUAAUCUGCAUGCAAACGUCCAGGUCUUCAGAGUUUUUGAACUGUUCAUUUAGGCCUACUUGAUAUACUACUGACAUAUGUAAUUGUGUAAAGCACAGAUGAAUGGCCUUUUCAUAUUUAUAAUAUGUGCCGUUGAUGUUUUACAUACAGGUGCUGGUCAUAUAAUUAGAAUAUCAUCAAAAAGUUUAUUUAUUUCACUAAUUCCAUUCAAAAAGUGAAACUUGU